AUGGGCCGACUGCAGCUCUGGCUUGCCGUCCUGGCCACGCUGUCGGGGAUUGUGGCUCAGGAAGACCUGUACCGAAAGGUAUUCGUCUUCCGGAAGGAUCCCAGCGAUGCCUACGUGGUGCUGACGGCCAAGUUCGAGCAGCCGCUGCAGAACUUCACCGUGUGCCUGCGGUCCUACACCGACCUGACCCGGCCCUACAGCCUCUUCUCCUACGCCACCAAGGCGCAGGACAACGAGAUCCUCCUCUUAAAGCCCAAGCACGGGGCGUACCGGUUCCACGAGGGCGGCCA